AUGAGCUUUCUGUGGGGAAGCGACUUGGUGGGUUUGGUGUCCCUGCAGGACUGUGAGGGGUUUCAGGCCUGGACGCUGGUAAACCUGCCUUUCCAGCCCAAGACCUUUCAGCUCAGUCUGCCCAGUUACCAGCUGUUCCUGCCGCCACUCCUAUGGACCUGCACUCUGCCAGUGAGACUGAUCCAGGACCUUUUCCUUCAAGGGUCGUUGGCUCAGCGGGUGAAGGUUCAGCCAGAGGUGGUUUCAUAUCCGGGUCAACUCGUAACCCUGCCGUGCCAAUUUCCUCAUCCAGGCCAAACUCAGCUCAUGCAGAUAUCCUGGAUUUUCGAAACAGCUGCUGGUGUCCGAAACAACACUGCAGUGUUUCAUCCAUCUUUUGGAGUCAAUUACCCCAAGUCCCCGCUGAAAGGCCGCGUGAGUUUCACGACUGACCCGCCCCUAUUGGAGAGUCCAGCCAUUCAGAUCUCAGACAUUAAGAUGACCGAUGAGGGAAGGUACAUCUGUGAAUUCGCCACUUACCCCAGCGGAAACGAGCAGGGCGUCACCAACCUCAUCAUUCUAGCCAAGCCCUCAAACACCGCCUCCACGGUCACCGUACAGGCUGGCACAGCCCCGGUCAUCGUGGCCCACUGCCAGUCGGCCAACGGGCAUCCGCCGGCGAACAUAUCCUGGGGGGCUUCAGUGGGGGGCAACGGAACGACCUGGACAGAGAAAGAUAACCAGGACCGCACGGUGACAGUGAAGAGCGAGUACUGGUUGGUGCCGACUCCGGCCGACAACGGCAGAGACGUCAGCUGCGAGGUGUCGCACCGGACGCUGUCCAGCCCAGAGACUUUCCCCAUGAAGCUGAGAAUUGAAUAUCCUCCUCAGGUUCAGAUUGUGGGGUAUGACAGUAACUGGUAUUUAGGACGCACAAACGCUGUGCUGACCUGCCAGGCUCAGGGGAACCCUCCUCCCACCACCUUCACCUGGAGAACGACGUCGGGUCAGAUGCCGGAGAUGGUGCAGGUGAAGCAGAACACUCUGACCGUGCUGAAAGUGGACGAGACGGUGAACACCACUUUCAUCUGUGAGGUCAGGAACCGCGUCGGCACAGGAACGGACCAGGUCAGCGUGAUGGUCAGGGAUAACAGGACUUCAGUAUAUGCAGCUUCUGGAGUCGCCGUGGUUUUGCUUCUGAUAUUCACUGCAGUCUUUUUGUGGAUGAGGAGACGAGCAGCAGUGACCAGCAGAGAGACAGAGAAGAGCAGAGAGGCUCCGAAGUGUGGAGACGACACGUACUCGGCUCUGAACCCCAACACCAGGUCCUCCGACUACGACACUCUGACUCAGGUUAGAGACUCUGCCAGCGACACGUACUCAGCUCUGAACUCCACCACCAGGUCCUCCGACUACGACACUCUCACAAUCUCCUGUUUUCCAGUUCGUCCGUCCUCACCCAGCGAUGAGAAGAGCUCCAGAGAACGAGAACUAACAGCUGUUCAUUUACUCUUCAUUCAUCACUGCAGCUUCAGCUCUAUGGACAGAACAUUAAAGAGGCGUACGGAGGAUUUCUGAGGAUUAAAGAGCUUCUAGAGCUCAAAACACAUCAGAUGAUCUCCUAAAGUCAGAGAGAUUCUCUCAGAUCAGUCAGAGGAGCUUCUGUUUAUGAAGGGUCUUUAUUCACUGUAGUGCUGUUAUACACCAUGAUGAUCCAAACACGGACCAGAACCAGGCGGUUCUGAUCACUCAGUGUGAACAGAGUUGAGAUGAUUUGGAUCCAGUUUGAGUAAAAAUGUCACUGUGUAAAUCAGAUUUAUUAAUGUAGAGUUUGUAUAUUUUCAGUUGCUUUUCUGUAGUUUUCCUCUUGUUCUCAUUGUUUAGGU